AUGAGCUACGGUUCACAGACUAAGGCUGUCGUUAAGAAUGCCGAUAUGGCAGAGGAUAUGCAGCAACGGGCAGUUGACUGCGCCCAGGAUGCCAUGAACAAGUACAGCGUGGAGAAGGACAUUGCUGCCCACAUAAAGAAGGAAUUUGACAGAUUGUACAGUCCCACAUGGCACUGUAUUGUUGGCCGAAAUUUUGGAAGCUAUGUGACUCACGAGACAAAACACUUUAUCUACUUCUACAUGGGUCAAGUAGCUAUUUUGCUUUUCAAAUCUGGCUAA